GCGGCGGCGGCGGCGGCGGCGGCGGAGGGGCCUGGGGACGGCGCGGGUGGCCGUGCUGCCCUCGACUCGUGGCCGGUCCGGCGUGUGGCCCGGCAGCCAUGCAUCCCCCGCCCCCGGGCCCGCUGAGCGACUGCCUGCGGGACUGGGAGGAGCUGCAGCGGGACUUCCAGAGCAUCCAGGAGACCCACCGGCUGUACCGCCUGAAGUUGGAGGAGCUGACCGAGCUGCAGAACAGCUGCACCGGCUCCAUCGCCAGGCAGAGGAAGCGGCUGCAGGAGCUGGCCCUCGUCCUGAAGAAAUGCAGACCCUCUCUUGCAUCAGAGGCCGAGGCGGCCGCGAAGGAGCUGGAGAACCAGAUCAAGGAACGCCAGGGGCUCUUCUUUGACAUGGAGGCGUAUCUGCCCAAGAAGAACGGGUUGUACCUGAGCCUGGUUUUGGGCAACAUCAACGUGACGCUCCUGAGCAAGCAGGCCAAGUUUGCUUACAAAGAUGAGUACGAGAAGUUCAAGCUCUACCUCACCAUCAUCCUCAUCCUCAUCUCUUUCACCUGCCGCUUCCUCCUUAAUUCCAGGGUAACAGAUGCUACCUUCAACUUCCUGCUCGUGUGGUAUUACUGCACCCUGACCAUCCGGGAGAGCAUUCUUAUCAAUAAUGGCUCCAGGAUCAAAGGCUGGUGGGUCUUCCAUCAUUACGUGUCCACGUUCUUGUCCGGAGUCAUGCUGACAUGGCCCGAUGGUCUCAUGUACCAGAAGUUCCGGAACCAGUUUCUGUCCUUCUCCAUGUACCAGAGUUUUGUGCAAUUCCUGCAGUACUACUACCAGAGCGGCUGUCUCUACCGCCUGCGGGCCCUGGGCCAGCGGCACACCAUGGAUCUGACCGUGGAGGGCUUCCAGUCGUGGAUGUGGCGAGGCCUCACCUUCCUGCUGCCCUUUCUCUUCUUCGGACAUUUCUGGCAGCUUUUUAACGCCCUGACGUUGUUCAACCUGGCCCGGGACCCCGAGUGCAAGGAGUGGCAGGUGCUCAUGUGCGGCUUCCCCUUCCUGCUCCUCUUCCUCGGGAACUUCUUCACCACACUGCGGGUCGUGCACCAGAAGUUCCAUAGCCAGCGGCACGGCAGCAAGACGGACUGAGCCCCCUGCUGAGUGCUGGGGCUCCCCUCGUCCAGGCGGCUCCCCGGGGGUUGGGGAUGAGCCGGCCUGUGUCCCCAGGCCGCGCGGGGAGCGGAAGGCGGAGGCCUCAAUAAAGAGAGAG